ACUUCCGUGUAUAUCUCUUGUUCGCUCUGGCUCGGCUAGGCACGUAGGCACGAAGGCUGAAGCAGAGAACGGAGAGAAACAAAGAAAGCAUGUCUUCUUCUCCUCUGCUUGUCAAGAUAGAAAAGGAAGAUAACUAUAGUAGUGGUCAUGGAUGGCUGUCGAAGCUUGUGGAUGUGGAAGAGGCUAAGGUUCAGAUUGGCUUCUCGGUGCCCAUGAUUCUUGCAAACAUGUCUUUUUACGGCAUUCCUUUGGUCUCUGUUAUGUUCGCCGGCCAUCUCGGCGACAUAGAGCUCGCCGGCGCCACCCUCGGCAACUCCUGGUUCACAGUCACUGGCAUCGCCCUCAUGGUUGGUUUGAGUGGAGCUCUUGAGACGCUCUGUGGUCAAGGAUAUGGAGCAAGAUCAUACAACUUAUUAGGAAUAUAUAUGCAGUCAUCAGCCAUGAUAUCUAUAAUCUUUUCUAUUAUUGUAUCCAUCUUAUGGUACUAUACAGAGCCUGUGUUAAUUUUUCUGCAUCAAGAACCUCAGGUGGCAAAAUUAGCAGCUCUGUAUGUUAAGUACUUGAUUCCUGGGCUCUUUGCCUAUGGAUUGAUUCAAUGUAUCUUGAGAUUUUGCCAAACACAAUCAGUGGUGAUACCUUUGGUUCUGUUUUCAAUUGUUCCAUUGAUCCUUCAUGUUGGUCUUACGUACUUUUUGGCUAAUGUCAUUGGCUUUGGAUUCAAGGGAACUUCUAUUUCUGCGUCUAUCUCUUUCUGGGUAUCAUUUCUUAUGUUGGCCAUUUAUGUUAAGUUCUCCAGUAAUUUCAAUUUUACUUGGGGAGGAUUUUCAGUGGACGCAUUUCAGCAUGUAAUACCUACCCUUAAGUUGGCUAUUCCUUCAGCUGUAAUGGUUUGUUUUGAGUAUUGGGUUUUUGAGUUUUUGGUGUUGCUUGCUGGAUUGAUGCCAGACUCAGAAAGAAGCACUUCACUUAUUGCAAUGUGUGUAAACACAGAGUCCAUCACAUAUAUGAUCACAUAUGGAUUUAGUGCAGCUGUAAGCACUCGAGUUUCAAAUGAGAUCGGCUCUGGAAACAUAAAGAAAGCCAAAAAUGCGGUGGCGGUAACACUGAAGCUUUCAGUAUUUCUUGCCACGGCUGUAGUUCUAUUACUAAAUGUAGGCCACGAUCUCUGGGCGAGCUUCUUCAGUACAAACAGUGAGAUCAUUAGGCAGUUUGGUUACUUGACACCACUGCUUACCAUGUCUGUAUUAUUUGAUUCAGCACAAGGAGUUUUAUCAGGAGUUGCAAGAGGCUGUGGUUGGCAGCACUUGGCAGCAUGGACCAAUUUAGUGGCCUUCUACCUGAUUGGCUUGCCAUUAGCUUGUCUAUUUGGUUUCAAGAUGAAAUUAUAUGGCAAGGGGUUAUGGAUUGGAUUGAUCUGUGGGCUCUUUUUUCAAGCCUCAACACUUCUUGUGAUCACUCUUCGCACAAAGUGGGCAAGAUGGGACCCCUCUGUGAAGAACAGAGAAAGCAAUGUGCUUGUGUAAUUGUAGUUGCUAUAAGGAUUAUAGAAGCUGAAGAAAACCAGGACAGCAAGUGGUUUUAAACCAUUAUUUUGAACCACAAAAGUAAAUUUUCCUUUUCAAAUCUUAGGAAAACACCCUUCAGAUUGUAAUUUAUUAAAUAAUGUUAGUCUUAAAUUCCACUGUCUUGUUUCUGAUUUUGAUGCUCUUUAACAGCUUUCAUUUU